AUGAGGUGCGGUACUGAGAAGAAGUUGAAGGCCAAACAAAGGCGUCCCGUUGCGGUGGCUCGGUUUCUGAACAUGAUUUCGCUGGACGACCGUCAUGCGGCGACAAAUGCGCUGCUUCUUCUAGGACUGCAUGCGUACAAACAGGCUAUCGCGGAGGCACCUGCGGAGCUUCAUAUGCUGCGCUCCGUUGUGGACACGUUGCUCAGAAACGGGGACGACAAUGAGUCUAGGCCUAAGACGGAGGAGAUGAAAGUGAAUAAUGACGAAAAAGUGAACGACACAUGUGUGACGUGCAAGCUGCAUUUGUUGGGUAAUGCCAAAAUGGUGCUUCCUCUCCAUUCACCCCUGGGCGACGUUACGGCACCGCUAGCGUCAUCGUCGUAUGGAGAAAAGUUCACGAAGGUUAUUGGUGUGAAACACGAAAUGGGAUCAAGUAACAGUGUCAGUGCCACCACCAGACUACUGCCUAAGGAAGAAACACCACAGUCAAAAGUAGAAUUGGCUCCAAUUGAUAUUCAAGGAAUACCCAAUAUGGGGUAUUUUCACUCAGCGAGUUUAAGUGGGGGCUGUUACCGUUGUAGUUUUAGCUGUAGUUGUAGCAAUAGUAGUUUUGGGGCCGCAACUACUGUAAACAAAAAGAGAUCGUCCCAGUACCUGGCCUUGGAUUAUAUAUUGAACGAGGCCUUUAAAAAUGUCGUGCUGCCCUGGUUUAGGGCCAAUGGUGCAGAGGCAAUGGGAAGCUCAGCGCUCGGAUCCACCAGUGCGUUUGUGGAGAAUGACAGGUCAACCAAACAAGAUUCUAUGCCCCACAAUGUUGGCGAGAGUGAUGGUGACGAGCAGCGUAAUUUGGCUGAUCCCAUGGUUAAUGACUCCGUCAACAGCACAGUCGUCCCUCCUUCUUUGUACGGAGGCGAUCAAUACUAUUCACUGGGGUUUCUCCAACAGGUAAUUAGGCACAUUGAGGACACCCGUGGGGCAAGGGAGAAUGUCAUUGUGGUUGCGUCUUCCAUUCCACAGUCUAUGGCUGCCUACACGCUUCACACCAGUUUUGCCGACCUCUAUUUAGGUUUACUGGCCUCCUACCAUUUCUCAUUCAAGGAUGACAAGAACACAUUGCACAACCAUGCGCAAUAG